GGCCGACCUUCUCUCCUCGUGCUCCUUUCCGUCCACGUUUAUUCUGCUCUAUUAUGUUACCAAAUCUUCCUUUACAAAUGUCAUCGCUUUCCUAUAUAUUUUGUCUUCUCAUUCGAACCUUUUCUUUAAAUCACGAAAGGAAAGAACCCAUUUCUUGAAGUCCAUUGAUUUUGAGUAUAUUCGUCUCAAUUUUCAUCUUCGCAAUGGAAGAAGCCAAGGUUGUUGAGGCAAAGGAUGGAACUAUUUCUGUUGCUUCUGCAUUUGCUGGCCAUCAGGAAGCUGUACAGGAUAGAGACCAUAAAUUCUUAACAAGAGCAGUGGAAGAAGCUUAUAAAGGGGUAGAGUGUGGACAUGGCGGACCAUUUGGUGCAGUAGUUGUUCGCAAUGAUGAAAUUGUUGUGCGCUGUCACAACAUGGUUUUAGAAGGCACGGACCCUACUGCACAUGCAGAGGUCACAGCAAUCAGAGAGGUUAGAUAUAAUUUCUGUGACAUUUAUCUUUGCUUUUGUACUCUUCCAAUUCAUUGAAGCACGAAUGAUCUCCCCAAGAAACAAUCACCUAACAUUGAGACAGGUGGAAUUAUUGCAGGAAGCAACCACAGCAGCAUAAACUACAAUCACACUACUUAAUGCAUUUCCUCUUUUUAAUGCAACACACCUCUCUCUCCCUCUUUUUCAAUCACUCACUCAUGCCUCUAAUUCUAUUUCUUGAUAAAUAAAGAGAAGAAAAAGGGAAUCAAUUUUUAGCUAAUUAAAAUUUUCUCCAAUGCAGUAUACUUAUAAGUCUCGAUUUUAAUUCAAUAAAGAAUAGGUAGAAUGUUACUUUUGAUCCUCUUAUAUGAAAAAAAACUAAGAUAAAAA